AUGCGCCUCUUUCUAUACCUUUGGCUUGUAACUUCUAUCUGGGCAUGUCUGGCUGCAGCUGCCCCAAGGACGAUCGCCAAGAGAGGUAGCAGCUCAUUCGUGAGCUCUAGUAAAGAUGGAUUUUCUGUCAACGGAAGCUCGCUUAGAUUCGUCGGCACCAACCUGUACUGGCUGCCGACAUUGGAUUCGAAUGAUGACAUCUCGAAUUUGCUGAAGAACAUAUCUGAUACCGGAAUCAAGGUCAUCAGGAUUUGGGCAUUUAAUGACGUGGAAACCAUUCCGGAGAGUGGAACAUGGUUUCAGCUGGUACAGAACGGCACUACUACGAUUAACGACGGACCAAAUGGACUGCAGAAACUUGACACUGUGGUUCAAAUGGCAGAACAACAAGGACUAUAUGUCAUCAUGUCACUAACGAAUAACUGGAAUCCAGUACCUAACACAACAACGUCCAGCACGGCAAUACCUGAGGUACUUGCGUCUGUUACUUCUCCGCGUAAUACUCUUUCAAAUGACUAUGGCGGUAUGGAUCUAUAUGUCCGCCAAUUCGGACUUCAGAACCACGACGAUUUCUACACGAACAACCAAAUCUUGACCGCCUUCCAGAAUUACACCAAACAGAUUGUAUUACGCUAUCUCAACAGCCCUGCUGUAUUCAGCUGGGAGCUUGCGAAUGAUGCUAGAUGCAACUCGACCAUACCCACCAGUCCAACAUGUACCACACAAACUAUCACAAAGUGGCACGCUGAGAUGGCUGCAUUCAUUGCAACAAUUGAUUCCAACCACAUCGUAUCCGCUGGAACAUCUGGAUUCCAAUGCCCAGAUUGUCCGAAGUUGUAUCCUAUCACACCAACAGCUUCACCUACGCCCUCUCCCGCACCUGGCAAGAAGCGCAGGAGUGUCGCUCCUUUGACAAAAGAGCAGAUCAUAAGGCAGCGUGCUGAGUCGAGACGCCAAAACAGGGCAGCUGCUAAGCGUGCAGGCACCUUGAAGGAAGACGGUAUAAAGAUAAGGGGUCGCUGGGUAUCUACAGCAACGCGAGAAGUCUCUAGCUCGAUUGGCCCCACAACGGAUGGUUCAUCUGGUGUCGACAGCCAGGACAUCCUUAACAUCCCCAAUAUAGGCUUCGGUUCUUUCCAAGUCUUUCCCGACCAGAACUUGUACGCUCCCAAUGAUCCAAACCUUAGCCCCGUGGAAAACAAGAUCAACUCAAGUCUCACGUGGAUCCAGCAAUCGGCUCAGUCUGCUGCCGCCGUUGGGAAGCCCGUUGUCCUCAAUGGAUUCGGUCUGGUUACCCAAUCCAAUCUGAAUGACUUUGUCCCGUUCAACAUGACUUAUGCUCCUUACGCAUCCAAUACAGCAGUCAUGGACUUCACCACGAGGUCAGGUUUUGCCGGUAACAAGCGACAACAAUCCACAUCAGAGUUUGCCGAUGACAGUGAACAAGAACAGGGUUACAGUUCGUUUUUGCAGAUGGGCAACAGCGCUGGAUUGGCGGGCAUCAUGCAAUACCAGUGGGGUUCGACUGGCAUUACCCAGUCAAGCAGUGCCGUCCAGUUAGACACAACUAACUCCCCAGCACCAGCGGCAGCAACGGUGGAUUCGCCUAAUGAUGGUUACUCCAUUGCUAAUAACCCAGCAAUUCAACAAAUACUGCAGCAGGGCGUGCAGGCGAUGGCUCAAGACUCGUGAUGCCCAUUUGAUUUUGUUCAGUUCCUUUCUUCCAGAGACACUGUCUGUUUUUAGAUCAUGAUUCUUGAAGUUUGUACGUGGCGCAGACGAUAGUAGGGCGUGAUUAUGUGUUUCCUGCAUUUGAUGCGUGCGUUCCCAGCGUUGGAGUGGAUUCCAUACCUUCUUGAAUUCGGACCAGUUCAGAUGUUGUACGAGUAGUACAUACUAAGUCGUCGAUUAAGAGAAUGUAGGUGAAGUGUUAUA